AUGCUUAACAAGAAAACGUUGACGUUGAAGACGUCCAAGACGCUCGACGACGCGCCGUUGACCCCGGUCGACCAGACCUUGAGAACGCCCUUGGAUCCGCCUAACAACCACCAGGCCUCCUACUUCAACUUGUACAACCACCCGCAACACGCGGAGCUGGACGACCUCUUGACAGACGUGGACGAGCCCGCGGGCCGCUCCUUGAAAAACUACCUGCUCACUUUUACCCCGGUCUUUGACCAGCUCGUGCUCGCCAUCUACCUGGACAUCUUGCUGCUCCCGACCACCACGCCCUUUCUGGGGUCCGUCCCUCCCCUGGGACUCGUCUCCAAAGUCGCCAACGAAACCAUGAUCCUGCUUCUCCGCAACGCCUCCGACCAGCCUGUUUACGAUACCCAGAGCGUCCUCUCCCCGGACUUUCUCAAGAACCACGCCUACCAACCCAUCAUCUUGCAACUCAUCCGCAAGCGCUUCCUAGAUUUGUGUGCCGCCCAGAAACAGCCCCAGCUGCUCUCGGCAUGCACAUCUGUCCUGGUGCCGGCUCCCAACAACGUCUACGCCGCCCCUGGUGUGCGCCAGCUGUCCAUCCUGAACUUGCUGUUGAACGAGCAAAAUGUCGCCUCGUACCAGCAGCAGCAGCCCACCCUGGCAGCCCAGGCAGCCGCCUUGAGCCGUCUGCGCCUGUCAUCGCUUAAUUUGCGCAAGCACUCUCUCACACGAAACAACUCCUACAACGGCUCCAACUGGUUGCACGUGGGUAACCUUCUGAACAUCCGUCCAAACGCCAACUUGGGCAUGCACGCCGACCAGAACGCGUCCACGGAUUCGCUUCAACUGAUGCAUGACUUUGUCCCUAGAGCAUUUAUCCAGAGAAAUAACCUGAGUCUGGCUCAGCUGGGCCAGCCUCAACUACAACCAGCCCCUGGCGGCUUCAACGCCAUGAUGCUAGACUACCAAACGCCGCCCAGCUCGUCGAAAAGUUCCUUUUCGCUGGGCAGCACGCCAAACAACUCGUACGGAUCUUAUGGCGGCACUUUCCAACCCACCCCCGGCUCCGCUGGCUCGGGCUCCGAAAUGGACGAGACAGACCUGGAACCUCUGCGUUCCCGCUCGUCCAGCCGUGGUAACGGCCUCAACGGUUCUUUCCCAAGACCUCUCACGAUUAAUACUGAUACCUGCAACUUCCUCCAAAACAUGAACAUGCAUAUCCCUGGUGGAUACUCGGGCCAGAACUACUUUGGUGCUGGUGAGGCACUCAACUCGCCUUUCCUUUCGGCAACUACGCCCUCCGAAGAAUCUGGCUACUUUGGUCAUCCUCUGUCAAACGGAAUCGGAAGCACGCUGCCCAGCACUGGUGGCUUACGCGGCGGUCCCUUGAUUCCAGAGAGUCCCGUGAAGGAGCCAGCCAUGGCCAAUGGCAACAACAAGAUCAACUUGCCCGGGCAGUUCAGUCUAAUCACCUCUGACAGAGCAUCUACGCUUCCGUUGUUGUUUGAGAUACGCAAUGAAGUUGGACUGUCAGUUCCUGAAGCUCCAAGCCCGAAUGUGUACAGAGUCUUGGAAAAAUUCAACAGACCACUGUCGCUGCUUCUUUAUAUCCCCGAGAAUCUUGAGCCAGACCCGUUUACCUACUACACCACAGAGAACGCUGCAGACCCAACCAUAGUUGCAUUUCCACGCCUUCUGGUAACCAAACUUCUAUCCUAUGCAUGGUGUGAGCUCGAGUUGUUCUACCGUAUCUACUCGGGGCUGCAGAAAAAGGAAGUCACGGCUCGUUUGGCCGAAGGCUCUGAAUAUCACGAUAGGCUUGAAAACGAAGAGCACGAGAGGGCCGACAUGAGCUCAGCAGUUGAUCAAUUGACUGAGAUUGCAGCCAAACAUUCACCUGAAGAGGCAAUGCACUUGGGCAGGAACCAAGGGCUGGCUGAAUGGGCCAAGUCUGUCACGGAACACAGCAUCAAGAGGGGGAUCUCAUUGGCACAGACUCGGCACGCUCGAGAAAUCGACGUGCAUUCUUUUAUUGAUUUUGAGACCAAUAGACCCGUUGAACGGGUAGAAGAUUUGCAUAAAGGGGUUCUUGUCAGAGGUAUUGCCGAUAUAGUACAGUUUGAACGAAAGAGUGGUGCUGAAAGCAAUAUUGACACCCACACGGUUGAACUUCCAGAAGUGACUGCCGAGAUCGAUGGAAUGUCAUUGAUGGCGCCAAUUUGGGAUUUGAGUCGAGCCAUUCCAGAGCUAAAGGACGAGGUUCAAAAGUCUCGUGACGACUACUACCUCCAGGUGAGAGACGUCAAAACCAGAGGGGUAAAAUCUCUCCCCAAACAAGAGCUGCAACUCAAAGCAGCAAGAGACCAAUGCAUGUACUAUACUAGAUUCUUUCUCGGUUUCACCAAAGACAUUCGAUUCACUUACGAGAGCUACCGGGAGAGCGCUAGAAGACGUGAAAUUGACAUUGAUGCCGAAAUUGGCGAAGCACACGCAGUUAUCCUCUUACUAGAAAAGUUCGAGGCGCUAGCAAUGGACUAUGUUCGACUAGCCCAAGGGCAACCCUUAGGAUUAACCUUCCACGACGAGGUCAUGAGCGAGAUCCACAAAGAAAAGGAAGAGGGCAACAUGGACUACGACCUCUCGAAAUUCAUUUCAGAAAAAGACUUUAAAGAGAUAUUGGAGAAUAUUUACGGUGACACCCUCGCCGUCAAAAGCAUCGACAUAUCCGUACUUUUUAAACCCUGGAAGUACCCGCUCACGCCUCGGUACUUCAUUGCUCGGGUAUCCCAAAUUUAUGACAUCUUCAAUGGUUACGAUGCAUCCACGGUGGCUGUGGAUUACCAUCACAGCAAACUGGGCACAGUCAUUGGCUCCAAGGUCUACCCUUACACCGUCAAUACCAACAAUCAGACUUUGAAAGAAGCGGUGAAUUUCUGGACUGGUAGGCGGCCACCACGAGAGGCUGACCUGAGAUGGAAGUGCAACAACUGCGAGUUUAACAGCCAUUGCCCAGCCGUCAACAAGCCUUUCAAGGAGUCAAUUGGAGCGCUUAUCUACCACGAUCUACUAGACUGA